AUGGCUCUUAUUUGGUUGAUCACCGGAGCUUCUUCAGGCCUUGGCUACUACUUGGCUCUCCAUGCCCUGGCAGCAGGCCACAAGGUCAUCGCUUCUGUCCGCAGCAAGACCAAAUCCGCCGACGCAGUGCAGACUAUUGAGUCCCACGGCGGAAAGGUCAUCGAGCUGGACGUAUGCAAAGGAAGCACCAUCCCCGAUGCCGCCAAGCAAGCCGAGAGCUUCUACGGCCAUAUUGAUGUGCUGGUCAACAACGCAGGGUACUCCCUUUUGGGUGCGGUGGAGGACAUGAGAGACGACGAGAACUAUCUCCAAUUCGAGACAAAUUUUUUCGGCCCGCUUCGCCUCAUCCGGGCUCUGCUGCCGUCUAUGCGCACGAGGGGCGGUGGCACCAUCGUGAACGUCUCCAGCAUCGCGGGACAGGACGGACUGCCGUCGUGCGGGCUGUACGCCGCCAGCAAGUUCGCGCUGGAGGGGCUGUCCGAGUCGCUGGCGCGGGAGCUGGCGCCGUUCAACAUCUCCGUGCUGGUCGUGGAGCCGGGCGCGUUCCGGACCAACUUCCUUACCGCAGCGGUCAAGAAUGAGACUGGCUUGUCCGAGGCCUAUCGCGGGACGCCCGUCGACGCGGUCCUGGGCAAGUUUGACAGCAUGCAGGGAACGCAGGUUGGCGACCCUGUCAAAGGCGUCGCCCGGGUGUUCGAGGUGGUGACGGGCGAAGGACAAGCUGGGUCGCUGAAGGGAAAGAUUCUGAGACUGCCGCUUGGGUCCGACUGCGUGGCGAGAAUCGAGGCCAAGCUGCAGAGUCUCUCGCAUGACCUGGGCGCUGCUCGUGAGGCGGCAUUGAGCACCGACUACUAG